AAAGUUUUGGCUGUGAAACUAUAGUCUUCACUAGUGAAAUUAAUAUAGUUUUUCAAUAAUACUACGAAGGCACUCAAGCUGUAUAAAAGAUAAUUGACAAAAUGGUGGUUAAAAUUAUCAUCAUCGGGUCUGGAGUUGGUGGUACAGCAGUAGCUGCUAGACUUAGCAAAAAAGGAUUUCAAGUAGAAAUUUAUGAAAAAAAUUCUUAUAAUGGUGGAAGAUGUUCACUCAUUUAUCAAAACGGACAUCGAUUUGAUCAAGGUCCAUCAUUGUAUCUAAUGCCUAAAAUAUUUGAGGAGACAUUCGAAGAUUUGGGGGAGGACAUUAAAAAUCACAUAGAGUUAUUGAAGUGUCCUACUAAUUACUCUGUACAUUUUCACGAUGGAGAAACAUUCGAACUUACCACAGAUAUAUCAAAAUUAUCUCGUUCUUUGGAAAAAUACGAAGGCAGUGGCGAAUCAACAUUGAUUAAUUUUUUAAACUAUUUAAAGCUAACUCAUUUGUACUAUCGAAAGAGCGUUAAAAAGGCACUCCAGACCGAUUUCCAACAUUGGUAUGAUUUUUUCAAUCCAAGACAUAUACCAGACGUAAUCCAAUUGCAUCUAUUGGACACUGUUUACAACAAAGUGAGCAAGUAUUUCAAGAGCGACUACAUGAGAAAGGCAUUUUCAUUCCAGACUAUGUACUUGGGAAUGUCUCCAUAUGAUGGUUUGGCUCUCUAUAGUUUACUGCAGUACACUGAAAUAGCAGAAGGGAUUUGGUAUCCGAAAGGAGGCUACCAUAAAGUUUUGGAAAUUCUUGAAAAAAUUGCUGUACAACAUGGGGCAAAGUUCAACUAUAAUGCCGAUGUACAAGAAAUAAUAAUUGAUGACAAAGGAGUGGCGAAAGGGAUCAAAUUGGUAAAUGGUGAUGUGGUAAAUAGUGACAUUGUAAUUUGUAAUGCAGAUCUCACAUAUGCGUACAACAAACUUUUGCCAAAAACAUCAUACGCUGAAAAACUUGACAAAAAAGAACAUACUUCAUCUUCGAUAUCAUUUUAUUGGUCCAUGAAUACAAUAGUGUCACAGUUGAAUGUACACAACAUUUUUUUGGCUGAAAAAUAUAAAGAAAGCUUCGACCAAAUAUUCAAGGAUCACACGUUGCCCGAUGAUCCAUCGUUUUAUGUUAACGUUCCCAGUCGCAUCGAUCCGACAGCAGCCCCCGAAGGAAAAGACUCAAUCGUCGUUUUAGUACCAGUUGGACAUUUAUCGAAUGAACCUAAUAUUGAUUUCGAUAAACUUGUGAAUAAAGCUAGGGAACAAGUAAUCGAUACAAUAGAGAAAAGAUUGAAGAUAUCCAACUUCAGAAGUAUGAUCGAUCAUGAGAAAGUGAAUGAUCCGAGAACAUGGAGAAACGAAUUCAAUUUAUGGAAAGGUUCUAUACUAGGAUUAUCUCAUACAUUUUUGCAGGUUGUAUGGUUCAGACCUAGUUUAAAAUGUAACAUAUUUAAAAACUUGUACUUUGUUGGUGCUUCUGCGCACCCGGGUACUGGUGUACCAGUAGUUUUAUGUGGUGCAAAAUUGCUAGAGAAUCAGUUGUGUGAUAGGUUCUUGAAGAGUAAAGCUAAAUUAAGCUUAUGGUCGAAGUGUGUUUCAUUUUUAAUCAGCCUCCUAACACUUCUGUUUCUUUGGAUUUCUUUAUUUUUUAAUAAGACGUAAAGUGUGUACCACAUGUAUAUACCUACAAUUAAAUUAAUCACAUUUUCAUAUUUAUAUACAUUUUUAAAUACUUAAAACUCAUUGCAUGGGCGUUACAGGUAAAGCUUUCCUUUAUACUGUCUGGAUAACAUACUAGCUUAGUCUUAAUAAAAAACUUAUUUUGUAAUUAGAAUUGUUUUGUAUCAUUUGGCCUGUCCUAACAAAAUUUUCUAGUAUUGCUUAUCGCUCAUAGUUUAAGACAUAAGCACAUAAGUAAUGUAAUAAUUUAAAAUAAAUAAUAAUUUUUUUUAGUAAUUUACGCCCGACAUUGAAUUUUAAUAUAUGGUGAGCAUAAAAUUAAAAACUAAAUUUAUAUUAUGUAGGUAACAGUGGAAUUUAAAAUAUGAAAAUAGUAUGUUAUACAUUAAUUUAUUUAUAUUCAAAUAGAAAAUAAAGUCUUAAAACUAAAUUAAAGAUUAAUAUAAUAUAUUCAAAUAUUUAACUAGUCAUAACUAUAAACUGCAUUUAUAUGCUUUUUAAAUUGUAAAACUAAUUUAAGAAACUAUUGUAUCAUUUAUAUGUAACUAAAUACCUAAUUUUUUGUUGCAAGCUAAUAACAUUAGCAAUUGAAGCUGUACCAUAAAUAAAAAAAAAAAAAAAUUUUAAAAUAUGCACUAAAAAAAGUCAAAAUAUGCAUGGUAUAGUUUCAAUUUUUAUUUAAUUUUAAUUUUAUUAAAAUUGUUACAAACAAAAUGUAUAAUAAUAUAUUAAUAUAGCACAGAUAUACAGUACGAAAA